AUGACUACUGAAUCGCUCCCUGACUUUCCCUACUGCUCGGCCGAUGCCAAACUGGCAGAGUCUGUCUCCCUGCCUGGCGGCAACUUGGUCUCCCGAGAAGGGGAGCCGAGCUUUUUGGCUGCUGACAGCAACCUCUGGUGGCCCAAGGGCAAGAAGCUCAAGGUCCGCUUCCUCAAUGGCACUCCAAAGCUCAAGCAGAAAGUUAGGGAUUACUCUCAGAUCUGGGAGAGGUAUGCCAAUAUCGACUUUCGCUUCGUCGAGGAUGGCGACGCAGAUAUUCGUGUCUCCUUCAAAUGGCCGAAUCCUCUGUAUCCCAAGGCGCUUGACCUUGGUACCUGGUCUCAGGUCGGUAAGCGCGCACAGGUCGCUGUUCCUGACCAGAGCCAACCGACCAUGAAUUACGGCAGCCUCACCGACGACAGCAGGGAGUCUGAGUUCUGCCGCAGCAUAGUCCACGAGUUUGGGCACGCCAUCGGAUGCGUCCACGAGCACCAGGCCUGGAAGAUUGACUGGAACGUGCCCCGCGUCGAGUCAGACUGCCUGGCCCGGUACGGAUGGGACAAGGGCACGACGCAGAAGCAGAUCAUUAACACAUGGGAGAGCAUCAAUUCCCUCGAGCGGUCCGACUUUGACGCCAACUCCAUCAUGUGCUACUACUACCCUGCCGAGUGGACCAAUGAUCACACCUCUGCCCCUACAAACUUGAAGCUCUCGGCUACGGAUAGGAGCUUCAUUGGGAGGAUCUACCCGUUCCAGACGCGCGACCAAGGGGAGUUGAGCAUUGACCCUGAGAUUCGUACGGGGUAUCCCUUGACGGCCCUCAAUUCCAAGGCCGUCUCGUUCGUGCCGCCCUAUCACGACGUCCCCCGCAUCGCCGUUGGCUUGAAGUCACUCGACAUUGGGAACUCGGGCCAUAUCCGUAUCCGCGCACAGGCUGUAGAGGUUACGGAGGAUGAGUUCGUCGUGAAUGUAGACACCUGGAUGGACACGCAACUUUUCAAUGCCACGGCGACGUGGAUCGAGUUCGGCCCCGAGGACUCGGAUUAUCAGGUGGGCGAGUUCAACACGCGAAGUUCCCAGCCGCCACAGCCAGACGAGAAUGAGGUGCGCAGGUACAGGAAGCACUUCAGCUUCUCCAGCGGCACGUACAGUGAACCACCCAACGUCGUGGUCUGGCUCAGUGCCCUGGACAUCGACAAGUCCCGCAACUACCGCGUCCGAGCCCUCGCCAGAAACUGUACGGCGACCGGCUUCGAUCUCGACAUUGAGUCCUGGCUUGACACCAUCCUCUACAGCGCUACUGCAUCAUGGGUGGCUUACCCCAAGAACAGCGACAGCGCGGUGUCGGGCAGGGUCAGCACCCUUGACGUGAGAACAUGGUUCCCUGCCAUCCCCGAGAACCACAAGGAGGUCACUUUCCCCGCCAAGUUCUUCGACAAGGUGCCCAAGCUGUUUGUCGGCAUCAGCGAGAUCGACAUGGAUUCCUCCGCUAACCUGCGCGUCAAGACGUAUGCGGAUAGCCUCAGCCAGGAUGGAUUCGUGUGGCAUGGGGAUACGUGGCUAGAUAGUCAACUAUAUGCCGUCUCCGCCGACUGGAUUGCCUUUGGCUAA